UUUUCCCCUCUUUCCCCUACGCGUUUCCCGACCCCCGCAAACAUGAACACGCUGCAAACUCUCAAGACGUUUAUCCACCAGAAACUCGCGGGAGCCGUGGACGAGAUCCUGGGGCUGGUGGAGACGACCGUGCAGAACUACGAGGAGGAAAUCCAGCGGCAGAAGCGGAUCAUAGAGCUGGAGAGGGCUCAGAGCAUGGUUCAUAACAAUAACACAGAUUGUCCACAAGCCGUGAGGUUCCGCGUGAUCGUCGGCGAAGACAUCAGAAAGAUCACGUUCAAAAACGGGCUGCCAUUUUGCGUGAACGACUUUGCGGAGGUGCUGAGACAGGCCUUUUCUCUCGACGACCACAUCCGUCUGUACUACAAAGACUCCGACUUCGACGACUUCUUCACGUUGACCUCCACGCAAGACCUGAGGGACAAGGACACGCUCAAAGUGGUGCAGCUCUCAAGGACUCACGAACGAACAAGUACUACGCCAACGCAAAACCUCACUCCUACUAUAUCGGAAAUUCACAGUUUAAGUGAGAUCCCGGCCUUGGAGAUGCCGGACUUUUCGUCUGUUGGAGAAACGCAGCAGCUAAACUCCGGGGAACAUCUGGAUAUGAACUUGGAUUUCGCGUCUGUAGCUUCUGAAGACGCUGUUCCCUCAAAUCUCCCGACCUCUACCGAACCGCAGAACAGACCGAACGGAGGGUCUUCCACAUUUCGUAAGUUGUGGCCCGCUGUUUUUGAAAUCCCGACUUUUUCCUUGACCACAGAGCUCAUUUUGCAACAAGCCAGUGAGAGGUUUCGCAAAGACGGAACUCUGAUCUCGCCUGAACAGUUAAAGUCUGUGAAAUCGGACAUUUUGCAGCGGCUUGUAGAGAGGAUGUACAUGUACACGGCGUAUCCCCAAAACCAGCAGAGGGACAUCGUGUGCCAGGAGCUGAUCAAACAGCACCCGUAUUUAAGGGACAGGGGGUCGCUGAGUGGCUUUAAAGAGUGGUCCGUGAGUUUAAAGUACAAGUUCGGUAAUUACAGAUCUAAACUCCGAAACACGGGCACUCAGGAGCUGCUCGUGAACUCGCUCAAACAAAAUCGGGGCAGGUUUCCGUCGCAGGCGAAGAAGCCGAGGAAGUCCGAGGUGAACUUCCUGCCGCCGUUUCCGGAGGGAGAGACGGAGCAGAGCCUGGAGGAGCUGAGGAGGAGGCUGGUGGAGCUGAACCAGAGCAGAGACUGGGCCCAGGUGCAGGAGCUGAUGGAGCGCACCUACAGCUACAGACGGCAGGAGGUGGUGGUGAGGGAGCUGACCGUGGUGGAGGUCCAGGAGAGGUGGCCCGCGCUCUUCAGUCCAGUGCAGAUCAAUGAAGAGUUCAGACGGUGCACCACAGUCCCUCUGCAGUCCAGCUUCAUGUCAAACCUGGACAAGUACAUCCCCAAACUGCUGACCCUCUUCAGCUCUGUAGGGGGCGCUCUCGGAGAACGCCUCAAGUCACAGUGGCUCGAACUGGUGCAGGACACUGCAGCCUCUGUGGUGAAGAGGAGAGACGUGGUUCUGAGGUGUCUGAUCGAGUACAUCGGAGACAGUGUGACCGACCUGGUGUCUGACUUCUCUGGCGUGUCGUCGUCGUCGUCGUCGUCGUCGUCGUUGUCGGAGCAGGAGGUCGUGGAGGAGCUGAGGAGCGAGCAGAUGAAGGUCUUCGUGUUGCCCGACGCCGUGGGGGUGGUGCUGGACGGGGCGGUGGUGCUUCGCGGUCUGCCGUCGCUCUCGUCCGCCUGCUGCCUGCUCUUCGGCCUCCUCUACGCGCUCAACAAAGACUUUCCUCCUCACCUCUUCAAGACCUUGGAGCUGUUCCAGAAGCUCCUGGUGGGUCUGGACUCCAUGCAGUCCCAGCCCAGCGUCAAACUCUUCAAGCUCAAGCACAAACUCAUGGACAUGGACUGAAUUUAAAGCUGCACUGUGGGACUUUUUGGGAUGUGCCGUCUGCUGGUCUCCAUGGAGAUGUUACUGCUCUGCUUUCAAUGGUCCUGCACUGGGUUUGGGUACCUGCGAGUCCUGGUUUAGACCUGGUUUAGUCCUGGUUCAGUCCUGAUUUAGACCUGGUUUAGUCCUGGUUUAGUCCUGAUUUAGACCUGGUGGUUUAUUUCUGGUUUAGAUCUAGUUCAGUUCUGGUGUAGUCCUGGUUUAGACCUGGUUUAGACCUGAUUCAGUCCUGGUGUCCUGAUUUAGUUCUAGUUUAGUCCUGGUUCAAUUCUGGUUUAUUCCUGGUUUAGU